AUGCACAAAAUUGGGCACAAUAUAAGCCCUCGUUCACCAAGUUCACUGGCCCCUGAAAUUGUCAACUGGAUUAGACAUUGGGGAAUCAUCGAGCCUUCUCUCCGCCAGCUGGCCCAGAAGUACAACUGUGACAAGCAGAUCUGCCGAAAAUGCUAUGCUCGCCUGCCACCUCGUGCCUCAAACUGCAGAAAGAAGAAGUGCGGUCACUCGAAUGACCUCCGCAUCAAGAAGAAACUGAAGUAA